GGUACAACUAUGGCAACAUCUGCUUGGAAUGAACAUUCUGUGCCUGGGCAAGGAAUACCAAAUGAGAGAAUGCUACGUGCUACUCAUGUUGCGCCUAUUGAUCCAAAUAUUCUUCCAGAAACAGAGGUUGCUGUUCAACAGAUGGAAUCAUUGGGAUCACACCUGACUCGCUUUAGCCCAUUUGGACAAGACCCACUGGAAGGACAUGGCCAUUUUUGUCGACAGAGAGAUGAACAGUUCGAGGCUCGUUUUCCAAACUACGAUGACUUUUUCCAUUCUGUUGCAAAUAGUGACUUUACCUUAUUUCGUCAGGGAUUAUUAUACACUAUUGAAAUCACCAGGCAUCUUGAAUUGCAAUUAAAUAAUACAUAACUUAGUUUGACACAAGAAACAAUAGAAAACCUUAUA